AUGGCUGGCGCUCUUCCCCGCGGCCUGGUGUCAAACACCGACUGUGUGAGUUCCGACCUCCAAGCGCCCGGCACCGUUGAAAUCGAGGACGUGGCAAAGCUCUGGCGAGUCUAUACCACCACGAAAGUCACCUUGAAACGUGGGGCUGGCCGCCGUCUGGAGAACCUCUUCUGGAGGAUAUGGAGCAAUGGCCGCAUCAGCUCCACCAUCACCGGCUCGACCUUGGCUACCCUUUUCACCCAGAUAUCUGAUGAGAGCCCGUUGUGGACUCGAGAUCGAGAGGAACUGGGGUCCAUUUUGAGAGAUUCUCCCCCCGGGCUACCGUCAACCCCAGGCCUGCAUUCUCCGUCUUCCCCCAGUAAAGACGGUUCUGCCACUCAUAUGUCCAGGAUGUAUUCCGAAAGAGGCUGCCAGACCAACCUCCCGCCCUCUAUUCUCAAGAAACCAUCACGGUCAUCGCCAUCAUCACAAACCCCUCGAAAGAGCACCAGGGUUGUGUUUACGCCGGGAGAGAGUUCGGAUGACAGCGAAACUUUAAAGCCAUACCCUCCACGUCCUUGCGUUAGGAGGAAAGUGAAAAGAAAUCUAACCCCACAAGCUCAACUUACUGUCAGAAGUGAGAGGACUAUUCGAGUGUCGAAUCCCUCAUCGAUGCAGUACCCAGAAAACAUUCCAAAAGCCAACCUGUCUAUAAACAGAACACCUCACUUUCACAGCCAUCUUUUCGAGCACCGCCCACCAAAUGCUUCCAGUAUAAUACAAAUUCCAGAAGAAUUGUCCCCCAAAACAACCAAUCUAUCCAGACCAUCGAGACCAGCCCUUCUUUCCGACCGAUCCAGUCCGCCUCACAAACAUACUUCCACCCCCUUAUACGAUGGCCCACCAGCUGCUAACAACACAGAAAACACUGUACCCCCAGAGCACCAACCGACGCCCAAGGCCAUUACUCAACAGCAGUCGCAAGCACCCCCUAACCCUGCAGAACCAAUACCUGAAGCUCAGCCCGUUUCUACCACUCCGCUAGUUGAUAAAGAUUUUCGAGCACGCUUUGUCGAGAAACCUCAACGUGAGGCUCGCGUGUCGUCGCUCACCAGCUUAAUUUCGUCCGACGAGUCAUUUUCAUUAUCCAUCUCCCCAGCGCCCACCGACCCGUUACUAAUCCCCGAAUCAACCAACGGUACUCAUACUUCCACCGCUUCUCGACUAGAUGCUUACUCGAGCGAGCUUCCAGAAGCCUUGCUCUCUCGCACGUUGUCAGCUGCAGCCCAGAUUCCCGUGUCACGCGGCGGAAGUCUGAGGCUUCCGGUGCGGCAGAGGCAGGAGAGCUAUCUGGCCAGAUUAAUUGAAGAGGAAAGACUGAAAGAAUGA